AUGGGAGUUAAUAAAAUAACCAUUUUAGGACAAUUAAAAGCUAUAUUACUACUCAAAUUUAUACAAGCUAUUAGAGACAAGAAGUUUAUAUUCUCUGGUGUAUUAAUUCCUUUGGUUGGAGUAGGAUUAUCAUUAUUAUUUAAUUUCUUAAACUUUACAUCUGGUAGUGAUUCAACAGUCACAUUUACACCAGUUAACAAUGUUAAUCUAACCUAUAACCCAAGUACAUCUCUUGGUGAGACACCAAUUAUCAAUACGAUGAAAUCAAUGUUUGAUGUAGACUUUCUUGAAAUCACUGAACAACAAAUGACCAAUGACAUCUUUAACUAUACAUUAAGUGAUCAAAUUGGAGGUUAUUCAUUCAAUGAUACAAAGGAUAACCUUACAUUUACUCAAACUAUUUUUUUCAAUUCAUCAUCUAUUAUUCCAAAUUUAAAUCAAAAUCUUUAUAUUUCUAUUUAUAACUUGGUAUCAAAUAAAACAUUAAAGAUUGUAGAAACACUUACACCACUUGGUAGUGGUAAUACAGGAUUCCAAUUAUUCCCAUUUAUUGGUCCUAUUCUCAUUCAAUAUACAUUUAUCUUUUUCGUUCCCUACUUUGCAAUCAAUAUUGUAGUUGAACGAUCAAAGGGUAUAAAGUAUCACUUGUUUUUAAAUUCACUCCGUUCAAAGGUAUACUGGGGUGGUUAUCUACUCGCUGAUUUCAUUCUUUACCUUGCACCUGCUACUAUUGGUUGGUUUGCACUUACCGUUGCCAAAGUCGAUGGAUUCUACACCAAUCCUGUUGGAUCAUUCUUUUUAUUCUUUUGUUUUGGUCUAUCUGCCAUUCCAUUUGGUUAUAUCAUUCAAUUUGCAUUUGACAAGGAAGAUACUGCCAGCAAGUGGUUAUAUUCAUUGGCAUCGAUUAUCAGUACCGUACCAUCAACAGUUAUUUCAUUUGCCGCUCCAAAUGGUGUACCUAGAGCUGUAACUGUUCUACUCUCAUUCUUACCAGCUUGUUCAUUAUUUAAUGGUUUAUCUGAUUUGGUUCGUGGUCAAGAUACUAUCAUCACAACUAUUAUUGUUCAACUAGCAAGUUGUGUCUUAUAUUUAUUUGUUAUCUAUAUAAUUGAAAGAAUUAAAAAUAGACCAUCAAAAGUAACAGUUGAUGAUGUUGAAUUGAAUCAAGGAAAUACAGAUCAAGAUGUUUUGGAUGAAAGACAAAGAGUACAACAAUCUACUCAACCCAAUAGUGGUCAUAAAUAUGUCAUCACUGUCGAUGGUAUCUUUAAACAUUUUGUUGAAAAUCUACCAGAUGAUAAAAGUGGCUAUGAAAAGAAAAGAGUUAAAGCUGCUGUUGAUGGCAUUUGGUUUGGUGUUGAAUCUGGUCAAUGCUUUGGUCUUCUUGGUCAUAAUGGUGCUGGUAAAACAACAUUGGUUAAUAUUAUGACUGGUAUUCUAAAUUGUGACAGAGGUGAUGGUUUUAUUGAUCGAUUCAGUAUUUCAAAGGAACGUGAAAGUUCAUUUUCAUCGGUUGGAAGUUGUCCACAAACAGACAUCCUUUUUGACAAUCUCACCAUCCGUGAACAUCUUCAACUCUUUAGUUCUAUCAAGGGUGCCUCCAAAGAAGACUCUCAAGUUGAAAUCAACUACUUUAUCGAAAAGUUUAGAAUUGCUGAACAUGCCGACAAAAAAUCAAAGGAACUUUCUGGUGGUACCAAACGUAAAUUAAGUGUUGCUUGUUGUUUAGUUGGUAGUCCUCGUAUUGUCUUCCUUGAUGAAGCAUCAAGUGGAUUAGAUCCAUCAAGUAGACGUCAUUUAUGGGAAAUCAUUCAAGAAAUGAAACCAGGUAAAGCAAUCAUUCUCAUUUCUCAUUCAAUGGAUGAAGUUGAUUUCCUUGCCAAUCGUAUUGGUAUCAUGUGUAAUGGUCGUCUCAGAUGUAUUGGUACACCAAGUCAUCUUAAACAUAAAUUUGGUUCAGGUUAUACAUUGGAUAUUCAACCUCGUAAUUUUUCAGAUACUCCAAAUAUUAUAAAUUAUAUUAAAAAUUCAUUCCCAGAAGCAGUGUUUAUUGAAAAACUUGGCAUCAUUACCUUUGAAUUACCAACAUCUGACAACUUUUCAUUGGCUAAAAUAUUUAGAGUAUGCGAAGUUGGUAAACAACAAGUUGGUAUUGUUGAUUUCAAUGUUUCAGAGACUAGUUUGGAAAAGGUCUUUUUGAAAUUGGCUGUUGAACAAUCAAAUGCCGAAGACCAUGACAAGAUCCUAGAAAAAAAGAAACACACAAUUAGAAAGAAAAACGAUCAAUUCCAAGAUGUUUAUCAGAUAAUUUUAGCAUCAACAACCAAAACUAUAAAAUAA